GAUAGAGGGCGCUGACGCCAUCUUGCUUUCUGACACCGGAAGGACGUCCCCUUCCUCUUCCGCCGCGGUCCGGCGCCUCACACACGAGUGUUCCAGUUUUCUAUCUCUACGUGAAGCAUUGUUUACUCACGGGGACGACUGGUGUCACAUAGGUCACAGAAAUGUGGAUCUCCAAUGUUUGGUUGGGUUUGUUGUACCCAGAAACCCAUCCUGCUCCAGGGCCACGAGAGGUCCAUCACUCAAAUCAAGUACAACAGAGAGGGAGACCUGCUGUUUUCUGUAGCAAAAGACACGGUCACCAAUGUGUGGUACUCGGUGAAUGGUGAGAGGCUGGGGACGUACAAUGGCCACACGGGAGCGGUGUGGUGCGUGGACUGCGACUGGGACACUAAGAGCGUUCUGACGGGGUCGGCGGACAACAGCUGCCGGCUGUGGGACUGUGAGACCGGUAAACAGCUGGCUCUGCUCAACACCAACUCUGCGGUCAGGACGUGCGGCUUCGACUUCAGCGGCAACAUCAUCAUGUUCUCCACGGACAAGCAGAUGGGCUACCAGUGCUUCCUCAACUUCUUUGACCUGAGGGAUUCGCAGCAGAUAGAGGACAACCAGCCCUACCAGUCCAUCCCCUGCAGUGAGCAUAAGAUCACCAGCGCUGUGUGGGGCCCUCUGGGGGAGUUUGUCAUCGCCGGCCAUGAGAACGGGGAGAUCAACCAGUUCAGUGCCAAGUCUGGAGAAAUCCUGAAGAAGGCCAAGGAGCACACCAAACAGAUCAACGACAUCCAGCCGGCGGUGGACCUCACCAUGUUCAUCACCGCCUCCAAGGACAACACCGCCAAGCUCUUUGACUCGGCCUCUCUGGAUCACAUCAAGACCUUCAGGACGGAGCGGCCCGUCAACUCCGCCGCCAUCUCCCCCAUAAUGGACCACGUGGUGAUGGGCGGUGGACAGGAGGCCAUGGAGGUCACCACCACCUCCACCAGGAUCGGCAAGUUCGAGGCCAGGUUCUUCCACGCCGCCUAUGAGGAGGAGUUUGGCAGGGUCAAAGGUCAUUUCGGCCCAAUCAAUUGUGUGGCUUUCCAUCCCGACGGAAAGAGCUACAGCAGCGGGGGGGAGGACGGAUACGUAAGGAUUCACUACUUUGACGCCCCGUACUUUGACUUUGAGCUGGAGGCCUAGACGGCCAGUCCCGCUGACCACCCCCCCCCAGUGUGACCACAAUAAAGGAGAGAGGUCAAUCACAAACGUUUGUUUGUUUUUUUUAGUUAAUAUUUGGAAUAACUUUGGAACUCCUGAUGGAUUUUUGUUUAUUUAAUCUCAAACUCCUGUUAGCCUGAUGCUCAUGUAAUCUGAAGCCAUUCCAGAUCAUAAGAUUAUUAAAAGUUCUCUUUGA